AGCCAUCAGAACUUGCAAUCUUCUAAAACAUUUUUUUUUAAAAGCUCAAAUCAAAAGCUGCACGUGAGAUUUCUCAAACAUUUUGAGACUGACGACAUAUGUGCACUGCAUCUAAAUUUAGUGGUUUAGUAGGUAUUUUAGAGUUGAUCUUAUUACUGUUGUAACGACUGCUAUUUUAUUAGAUGCAACAGUUUGCACAGUCUGAUUGGUUUCAACAGUUUGGAGUCACCGUUGGCCCUGAGGCACAGCGGCGAUUGGCUCCAGUAAAUGCCUGAUCUAUGAGUCUCCACCCCGGUGCUUCCACUUAGCACGGACCCACAGAAGAGCCAACAUGGCCGAGGAAAGCGAAGUAACUUCUGCUGGUAUUUUUCAGGAGAUCUUUACUUCUCCUCUCAAUCUGACUCUACUCAGCCUCUGUUUGUACCUAAUCUACAAAAUCUUCCGCGGGGACAAACAACCGGAGCUGGACGAAGCGGACAAGCCGCUCCCUCGAAUGAAAAAGAGAGACUUCACCAAGGCAGAACUAAAGCCUUACGAUGGACUGGAGAAUCCCAGGAUACUCAUGGCAGUGAACGGUAAAGUGUUCGACGUGACGCGGGGGAAGAAGUUUUAUGGACCAGAGGGACCAUAUGGAGUGUUUGCUGGCAGAGAUGCAUCCAGAGGUCUGGCCACCUUUUGUCUGGAGAAAGAAGCCUUGAAGGAGGAGCACGACGACCUUUCUGAUCUGAAUUCCAUGCAGCAGGAGAGUCUGGCUGAGUGGGAGGCUCAGUUCAACUUCAAGUACGAUUAUGUUGGCAAGCUUCUGAAACCAGGAGAGGAACCCACUGAGUACACAGACGAUGAGGAAGCAAAGGACAAAAAGGAUGACUAGAGAUUACCUACAGGACCAGGAGGGAGAACAUGAGAGAUGCUUUACAGUUUAUAUGUAAUUUGAUGCAGAUACCUGCUGUUAGGAUCAAUGAGAAGAACUGUUAUUAUCCAAGUUGUAUUCCUGUACUUUUCUAACACCAAAAACUUUUGUUUUGUGGCCCUUAUAUUCUUUUUAUCUUUAUUGAGUAUUUGUGUUUCACAUAUAUAUCCACAUGCAGGUGUAUAGAAUGUACAGCAUACUCCAAUCAUUGUCUCCACAGCUGUGGUGUAGGCUUUCUUACAGUUGCUGCUGAUAUUAUAUUCUUUGAUAUUUUUUUUUUGCCUAUUUAAUGCCUAUAUUGGUCAUGUGUAUAUAGGAUUAAAUGGUCAAUUAUGCACCAUUCUCUGGUCAAUAAUAAUAAUAAUAAUCAUUCCAAUGUGUUAAUUUACUCAUUCGAACAGCCAUGCGCACUUAUAUGUUGUCUGAUCAUUUUCUGACAGUUUAAAUAGACAUCUUAUUAUUCACUGGUUUGGAGUUCUCAAUUGCAGUAUAUGCAACUUGCCAUCUUUUAACAUAACUGUGUCAAACUGUAAAUAAUGUGCAAUGAUUUAGACACAAUAAAAAAAAAAAAACAGGAAUAAACACAAAUCCAGCACUGCCUGGUUUUAAAUACCAGUUGUAUUUGGGUAGGUAUUUUAGAGUAAAUGCCGCAGUAAGCACUUAUUCCUCACAACAUCAUUCCAGACUAUGAAGAUAUUCUAUAUUAUUAGCCUUUCUUGCAAACUGGUUCUGUUUAAACGGGUUCAGUGAGGGCAAGCUCUCUGUGUGCACACAACAAUCUGAAUAUCAUUGUGAUGUUAUACAGUUAAACUGACAUUUUAUUCAAUAAAGGGGAAAACUAAAUAUU